CGGAAGCCGGUCGCAGGAAACAGCUGCGAUCCAUGGCUGACACGGAAGAGGAAAACCUGCAGAGCCAAAUUGAUGAGAUUGAAGCUUUGUCAUCUAUAUAUGGAGAUGACUGGUGCGUCAUCGAUGAAGCUGCAAGAAUAUUUUGCAUUACCAUCUCAGACUCUACUGAUCAGCUAACGUGGACCCUUUGCUUACAGGUUAUACUGCCUCCGGAAUACCCAUCUUCUGCACCACCUCUUUAUCAGCUAAAUGCUCCUUGGCUGAGGGGUCAAGACCGUGCUGUCUUAUCAAAUAGUCUGGAAGAAAUCUAUUUGCAAAACAUUGGUGAGAACAUACUUUAUCUAUGGGUAGAGAAGAUUAGAGAAUUUCUGGUCGACAAAUCUCAGACUUCUCAGGCCUCUAAUCCAGGUCCAGGCUUUAAAACCACAACCGAGGAAGCUUUUCUUGACGAUGACAGUGAAAUCCUACCUAAUUCUGAGUUACCAAAUGUCUUGCUACAGAACGCAGUUCUUGAAGCAUUUAUUGAAACCUCAGAAGUUAAUUGUUCUUUAGCAACUACAGAAGAAACACCUACAAUUGCACAUGGAGAGCCCAUUAGUGAUCGAAGAAGUACAUUUCAGGCACACUUGGCUCCAGUAGUCAACACAUCUCAGGUUAAAGCUUUGCUGAAAAAGUUAUAUGAAAACAAGAAGAUUGCUGCCGCCACUCACAACAUUUAUGCAUAUAGGAUACAUUCUAAAAAAACCAAUACGUUUAUACAAGACUGUGAAGACGAUGGUGAAACUGCAGCAGGAAAACGACUGCUCCAUCUUAUGCAGAUCUUAGAUGUGCAUGAUGUCAUGGUCGUGGUAUCACGGUGGUAUGGAGGUAUUCUUCUUGGACCAGAUCGCUUCAAACAUAUCAACAACUGUGCACGAAACAUACUGGUGGAGCAUAACUACACUCACGCUUCAGAAGAAUUGGCUAAGCAUACUGCGAAAAACAAAAACACCCCAAAGGAAAAUAAAAAGAGGACAGAACACUAAAAAUUAUUUGACCAUGCUCAGUAAUUGCUUCCAGCAUUAAGUAAAUAACAAUGCCCAAUAUGGGGCAUAAUCCCAGAAUACUACGUUCCAGCUCUACCAACGCUGUGGCAGAUGUGUUGUGAUACGGUGUUUUCACAGUUCUCCUGGCAAGAACAUCCCUGCAGCAAGAAAACAAGACACCAAAAUCAGUGGCACAGAGGUUACGGAAGCAAAGGAACCAGCUGCAUGCACUACAAACCCAACAACCUUUUGGAGACGGUUUGUAAAGCCGUGUAACAUCAAUGGGCAAAUUGAGGUCAACAUAAAAAAUCUCUACAGGAAUAUAAUUGUUUUAUAAAGUUAAAAAUAAAUUGUAUUUCCUGUUUUAUAUAAAAUGACCUCCUUUGGGAUAUUUUGAAGAUCAAUAAAAAGAAGAACUUGGAAAGGCUGAA